AUGGCGGGCCCCGAAAAAAUCGAAGAACAAACUCUGUCCUUUUAUUUCAAGAAAAAGUACUACCCGGUCAAGAUUGGUCAAAUAUUCAACAAUCGAUACCGAAUAAUCGCGAAACUUGGCUAUGGCGCCUACUCUACAGUCUGGCUUUCGUGGGAUGGAAGAGCAUCGGAGUAUAUCUCGCUAAAGGUGUCUGUACGAGUUAACAACGCUGAAACCUGCCCUGUCUUUAACGAAGUCAAUAUGCUCCGACGGCUGAGGGAGUUUGAAGAAAAAGAAGAGGCUAAGUACGGGGACAAGCAUAUUGGACUGCCUUAUAUACGCCUUGCAAAUGAAAUUUUCGAGACUGAAAGCCAAUUUGGGCAACAUUAUUGUAUGGCGUUCAAGUCUCAAGGCAGCAGUCUCCGUACGCUGCAGGAGCUUAUUCCUACUUCAAGGAUGCCAAGGUCAAUGACAAAAUGUUUUAUUCACCGUCUCCUUUUCGUCAUGAAUUGGCUACAUGUUACCUGUAAUGUUGCACAUACUGAUAUUUCCGCUCAAAAUAUUUUAAUGGAAAUUGAAAACGAUUCCAUCCUUAAGGAUGUUGAGGCUCGGGCACCAUUAACUAACAGUGUCCCAAUAACGAAUGACGAUGGCUCUGUUGUUUAUAAGUCCGUUCCGGUCGAACCUAGAAUUACCUCACAGCCAAUUCUUACCGACUUCGGCCAAAUGCGUGCAAUCGAAGAAGGUGGAAACAAUGAUUGGUGGAUGUCGGAUCUCUAUCGUGCCCCGGAAAUUGUCCUUGGACUCCCAUGGGGCUGCCCUGUAGAUAUGUGGUCUAUUGGUGUGAUGACUCUUGAGCUCUUGGAAGGAAACAAUAUCUUUGAUCCAGUUGACCGCGUUCAUAGUCAGUAUGUUUUACCAUUAGCCCUAGCGCAGUAUAUUGGAUAUCUUGGCCCUCCCCCUCUGGAGUUGAUUCAACAGAGCCCGAUUUUCUCAAAUUACUUUGAUGAGGAUGGGAACUGGGCAUUAUCCUCUGAGCUUGAAAUACCGCAGAACUCUCUAGAGGAAUUUGUCACGUCUAUUCCACCAGGCGAAGAAAAAGACCAGUUCUUGCGGUUUAUACGGAAGAUGCUGACUUGGGACCCCAAAAAGAGAGCCAGGGCAGACGAACUAGCUGGAAAGGAUGACUGGUUACUAAGCCCUGUUGAAUGGGAAAUAUAA